GUGUGUGUGUGUGUGUGUGUGUGUGUGUGUGUGUGUGUGUGUGUGUGUGUGUGUGUGUGUUUGCGGUGGGCCAGGACACCCAUUAUGCUCGCGCGUCACAGUGUCCAGCAGAGCCCAUACUGGGCCAGCUUCAUCAAAGUUGCUGUGUCCUAAGUUUGGCCCCAAGAAUUUGGGACACAGACACAGUUGGUUUUGUCCUGCUCGUUCUGAACUGACACGCAGCCAGGCGCGCUAUGGUGACAACACUCACCAAAAUUAAGGGUCCGCUCCUAAAAAAGAAGAAGAAGAAAAAAAACACAUUACACGGUGGCAAGCUGUCCUCUGUAGCAGGGAGGCACAAGCCAUUAUGAGCCGGACUCCCCACGGCACUGGAACAAUCCCAGAGCUCAGAGCCUCUGUUCUCAUGCGGUACUGCACAGGUUCUGAGUCAUGACGUAUUUACUGACAACGCCGUGCGAGUUUUCGCACGAGCGCACCAGCAGCUCGGUAAUGCACUUCUCGGUCAGAUAAACCUCUGUCUCUGCGCCUAUUAGUUCUUUUCUCUCGGCUGGCGGAAUCAUCGGGACCCGUCCGUGUGGAAAGCGCAAUUCAAUUGGGAUUUUUUUCAACUUUCACCUGACAGAUUCGGGAAAAGUUUUACCUCGGUUUUUCCAGAAACACGGUUUCAUUAUGGGGCGAGCCUGCCACCGAGAGCUCGCGCUCCUGCCGCUGCUGGGAUACUUGGCUUGCCUGACGCGCGCGGACGUCUCUCCAUUAGGACAUGUGUUCUUACUGGAAUUGGACAGUUUUCCAAAAGGUGGACAGGAGAAAGGGUUCGAGGCAGCAACACGUGCCUGUACGGCUCAAGGGGCCCAGGUGGCAUCCGGGGCCGACCUGCAUCAUGCAGUGUUGGAAUGUGCUUUCUCAGCCUGCUCGCGUGGUUGGCUCUCCGGACCGAGCAUUGGGACUACAGUGUGCAGCGGUGUGCCGGGGAGCUUGAGGCCAGUUGAUGUGCAGUUGGAGAAUUUAACCGCGGACACUGAGAGACUGGGCGUGUUCUGCAUGAAAGAUAGCGAUGCUCCAUGUGGGCAGCCACCUUCAUUCCCACACUCACAUCUGCAGGGGAAAACUGGUCUCGACCUGGGGGAUGAACUUCUAUAUACCUGUGACCCAGGAUACAAACUUCCCAAUGGAGAUACAGGCUUCAGCCUGCUUUGCGACAGUUGUGGAGAAUGGUACGGCCUGGUGCAGCAUUGCGUGAAAGAUGAUCCUGAAGGCCACAUCGACUAUGAAGAUAAGUUCACAGAUGGCCAUCUCCUUGAGAAUCCGAGGGAGGAGCAUCAUAUUUCUUUGAAUCCAGGAGGAACGCAGUCCACCGUUCAUGAAGUAGAAGAAUCCUCUCCAGAGCCUGAUCCAGAGCCAGUCAUGUCUAUGGAGGAGAAGGAGAAUGAUAGAGAUUCAGCUAUAUCAGUCACUGAACCUCCAGUGUCUCAACUCAGUCAGAAGCACAUGUUCUGGUUUCCUUCAGAGGCCUUCCAGGAAGAAGAGGAACAGCCGGCAAUCACCACUGAUUCCUCCUCUGUUAAAAAGCCCAGCGAAGAUGAGAGUCACAUGACGGUCAAAAUGACUAACGGCCAGUCUGAUGCUGAUAUUAUCGCAGAGGAAAGUGACGAUCCAACAGAUCCUCCCACAGAUGAGCCUACCAGUCCCAGUGCUGGUGGCUCAGAUGAGUCCUGGCUAGAUGGAUACCCUGUUACUCAGGAUGAGGAUAAAGCUGGAGGUGAGUCCACAGGGGAGGCAGGACCAGAACAAGGUACAGAGACCUUGACUGGCCAAUCAGAAGUUGAGGUAUUUGAGGAUGUAACCAAAAACCCUGUGGAAGAAGAGACCGGGGGUUUGAUUGACAACCCUGAGGAGGACGAAGACGGAGAAGUAAAAAAUUCCGAGGACACAAUCCACAGGAAAGGAGACGAGGAGCUUGGUAAAGGGACAACCAGACUUGAAAAGGAGUCUGUUGUAACAUCUUAUGAGGAAACAACUGAAGUGCUUUCAGAAGAUGACAUGGUGAAAGAAAUGUACACACCAGAGAACUCUGACUCGGAUGGGUCAGAAACAUUGGGGUUUGAUGGUGUAACUGACAGUCCUAAUGGUGUAGUGAAGCCCACCACCUUCAUUACUCAGAUCACACCCAGUCCAGAUGAUAUUGCUGUACACCAGCGGCCCAUGCCGUACACACCGUCUUCCGCUCCCGAAAAUGUGAGCACCAGUCAGGGGGGCUUGGGCCCCGAGAGCACAUCCACUCCUUCUGGGAUGGUACAUCUGGAUGGGCCACCUGAUUAUAUCACCAGCAUGCCCACACCUGUCAUCAAGGAUCCUUGGGAAACCUUUGAUGACCACUUCCUGGAGCACAUCCCUGGUCACUUCCCAACUGAAAACCCUGAAAAUCAGAGCGUGAUGGAACGAGGUGGAGAUGGCAGCCUGGAUCAACAGGAGCGGGCUGGAGAGGGUGCUUGUGCAGAAGACCCCUGUCACGGUUCAGGCCGCGGGCCCAUGAUCGCGGCCAUUAUCGUUGGCAUCGUAGCAGCGGUAGUGGGAGUGGUCUUGGGGGUGUGGUGUUAUAAAAAGAGGCAACAAAAGAGCUCUCACUACCAGCUCAAUGGGACUAAUAGGCAAACACAGUGCAUUGAAUUACAACAGACUGUGUGAAAGUCAUACAGAUCCUCAUAAAGCCACACAGCUUACUCAGUCAUCCAUACAAAGCCAUUUAUGUGUGAACAUUACAGUUUAUGUCCACCGGGGCUCAGCAAAGUGAAGAGUAGAAAAAGUGAAAUCUAUAUCUAUCAAUCUGUCUGUCUAUCUGUCUGUCUAUCUAUCUAUCUAUCUAGAUUACAAAACGUUCUUGUUGACAAACUUUGCUCUUCUAAUUUUGUAGUAAAAUUAUACUUAUAUUAAUUUCUUUCAAGUUUUCAUUCCCUUAAAUUUCAAAUUCAAGAAUUGCAUUGAAAAAUAAUCCUAAUUCAUUUCUGAAUGCCACACAACCCCGACUUUCAUACUAACACAAGGAGUGUCUCUGUUUAACACUCUUUUAUCGCACAAGUUUGGAUUUUUUAGUGCUUAGUUAGUGUUUCUGUUUUACAGUGCUUUUUUCUUUAUAUUUUCAUUGUAUUGUGGAUAAUUGAUGUUGCAUUGUCUGCAUUGUCAUUUGACCGUGGGUCGGUGCAUGUGUGGUGCCCGUCUGUCCAGAUUUGUAUGUGUUUAUAGCUUUGUCCAUUAGUGGGUUGGUGUGUGUAAGAGAAUCAUUGUGACUUUAGCCUAUUUUGGUUUUGAAAGAGAGCAGUCAGUUCAAAAGAGAAUGUGGUUGAGUGUGCGUAAUUGAGUUUCUAGCUUGCAGACAGGUGAGACAUUCUGGUCAGAGGAAAUAAGGGUGAAUUCUGAUUUGCUUUCAGCUCUUAUAGACCUAAAGCAGGCUGAAUAAAUAGCUUUCAUCCCUAAAUUUAGAAUACAAUGAGCAUUUGUUCAUUUCAACCCCUUUACCUAUAAAUAAGCGAGUUUCUUGGGGUUGAGCUCAGGACUCAGAAAGAUUCACACUCACAGACAGGUGAGACAUUCUUCUCAGAGGAACUAAAGGUGGAUUCUGAUUGGUUUUCAGCACAUUUACAACCUACUGAGUUUCGGUUUCUUUAAAAUAUAUCUAGUGAUAUAAAAGUUAUAUCAUAGCAGACUAUUUUCUACAUACAUUUUCCCAUAUAUCUUAUUGAUGUUCAUUACUAAGAUACUAAGUUUGUUCAUCACCUCCAGCGACGUUCAUGAGGAAUAUUUAUAUCAUGUGUAUUAUAAAUGUACAAACUUGAUUUUAGAACUAGUGAAUUGAAACAAAACAAACACAAAUCAGAUAUUUCCAGAAUCGCUUCAUUUGAAUUGUCAUACUUACGUCAAAAAUAUAGUAUGCUAUUUUAGAUAAUAUUAAUAAUAGGAAUUCACAUGUAGUAAAGUCAUUUAUUUCUAGAUGUUGUUAGAGCAAAUGUAGCAUUUUUAUAUUGUUUGAUUGAAGAAAAGUGGAGUAAAACUUCAUGAAUUUUGCAGGGUCAUUUGCAAGUAUCUAUUAAUGAUCGACUUACAUUAUUAACAUUAUCUAACUUUGGAUAUUUUUGAUUGUUGGCUGUUGUUGUUGGUGGUGGUUUUUUAAUCUACUCAAACUCAUGAGUAUGCCAAAUAAAAACGAAAACUCGUGGUUACAGAUACGCAAAAAAAAUUGACUUUGGAAGAUGCACAUCACGUGUAGCCUAAACGAAAACUGCGUAUCAUAUGCGCGCCAACAAAUUUCUUAUCGCGUGCACGCGAAACUGCGCAUUAUAUGUACUCCAAACACCUGCGUAUCAAAUAUAGGCCAAAGUCCAUUUUUGCGUACGAAUACGAGUUUUCCUUUUCCUUUUGGUGUAUUAUUUAUACGCAUUUUCAUGAGACCGGGCUGCUUUUAAUGUUUUCCAGCCCUGACAUCUCUAUUUAGCAGAUAAGCUAGCGCAGUCUUAGUUGACAUUAGCCAUUUAGAGGACGCUUUUAUCCAAAGAUACUUACAUUACAAUGAUGAAAAUCACAAGCAAAUUAUCACAGAAAAGCCAAAACACUUGCAUUUACCUACAAAUCUCAUUUCUAGAUCAAGAAAUCCGUUCCAGUUGAUUGCUGUAGAUAUAUUUAAAGCUACAGUGGAUAAACACAUGGGCUGCUUACCAUAAAAUUGGCAAUUUGCCGUUUGUGAGGUAAAUGUGACCAUUGUAACUAUUUUAUUUGCUCUGGUAUCUUCUUAAAAGUUAUUUUCUGAACUGUAGAGUGUUUUUUUAUUGUGAUGUGGAACGGUAAGAUAUCUAUUAAUCUGCGAUAAUGUCAAAUCCAUUUGAAGGUAAAACUGCUCGAUAAUAUCAACAUUACACUGUAACAAUGUCAGUUAGAUGUGACAUGAGGGAAUCUGACUAAACAUAGCUGUGGAAAACUAAUGAAACAUUAAUCAAUAAAUUACUUUGGGGGGAA